AUGGCUGCGCGGAGCAGUUCUAUGGCCGCCGAGGAUGACUACGAGACUGAACAAAAGAAGCAAGCUGCUGCAGACGUUCUUUUUCACUAUUCGCAAUUUGUUAUGGUCUGCAUUGGUGAGGAUGUUCGCCCGACUGAUCUCAGGUUGCAUCUUAUGAAGAUACUAGAGAGGUGCCUCUACAUAUUUAGUGAGAAAGGGUAA